CAGCAGAGACCUUCUCCGUCCACGUUUUCCUUCUUCCUCCAGCACUGUGCUCAGUCUCGCGGCUAAGCGAAUUUGUCCGCCUUCGGGCCGGCCGCCAUCGAUCCAGGAAUGAUGGAGCUAUCGCUGAUGGCGGCACAGCAUUUCCCAGCUGUGAGCGGUGCCUUCAUGGAUUCUCCCUACAAUGGCAACACGUCCUUGCAGACGUCCACAUCCAACCUCAACGCCGGCUACUCGCGACCCUCAGAGACGGAAGACGACGGCAAAGUAUCCAGUGACACAAUUUGGUUGUGGAUCGCCGUCCUGGCAACAAUCGGCAACAUCGUGGUGGUGGCAGUCGUUUGCGCCUGUGCCUUCUGACAAGAUGGGACGGCGGAACGAGGAUUUCCAAGAAGGAUGAAUCUUGUACAUCCUGAACAUAAUGUAUAUUUUUGUGGAAUGAGAAACAAUAGCCUGACUUUUAAAAAUGUCCACAGUGAAGACAUUUUGUUGUUGUUUAGACAAAACUGGUCCAUAAACAAAGCUCAGUUUGGGCUACAGCAAAUAUCACAAAAAGGACUCAUGUGACCAACCUUUUAAAGGUUUGAUCCAAGGCUUGGAUCAAAAACUGAUCUAUUUAAUACAAUAUGAAGACAUGAUCUACAGAUUUGGCAUUCAGGCUAAGUUGCAGCCUUUAUAGUAGUGUUACUCCUCGUCAAGGUUCGCUUGGUUAUGCAAUUAAAGCUGAUGUUAGAUUGUAAAUUUCUUUCGGCUUGUCCCGUUAGGGGUCGCCACAGCGUGACAUCUCAGAUGAAUGCUCAUAUUUAUUUGGCGGAGUUUUUACACUGGAUGCCCUUCCUGACGCCACCCCUCUUGGGGAGUAGAGGCCCCAGUGAGAUACGAACUCACGAUCCCUGGUUUACCAAAGCAAUCCUCUAACCACUGACGUUAGAUAAAGUCAUUCAAUCACGCUUGCUCCAAAGCAAGAGGUUAGGUCAUCCAAAAACAAAAGAAACUCAAACAACGCCAUUAAAAUGAACUUGGAUUUCACUUCUGAGGAAUCUUAGGCAGGUGACACAAAGACCAAAGCAGAAGGACAAAUAAUUCAAUGUCGAUAGCUCGGCGGCUAUUAUUACAGGUCCUAAAAUGAGCGUGAAUGUAGAUAAGUAAGCAACAAAAGAUAAAAACAAGCGCAGGACAAAUGCUCAAUCCGCACUCCUCCCGGACUGUCCUCCUGUUAGAUAUUCAGAAUCAGCUUGGCUCAGUUUACGAGGGCCUCUAGUGGCCAUGGUAAUUAUAACAGCUGCAUGUGGCGGAGUGAUGGCAAAUAACAUCUACCAGUUAACUCAUGCUUUACUUGGAAUGUUGUCAAACUUAAUUAAAAUAAAAAUAUAACGACAAUCACUGUAAAAUCCCCUCCCCUGCCACAGCACAGUCCAAGAUUACAUGAUAAUUUCUGGCAUCAUGUAGUAAUAUAAAUGAACUAUGCACAGUUGAGAUCAGCCCGUGUUAACAGUAUCCUGUCACUUCACUACAGAGUAAUAAACUGUUACGUGCCUGUUGUUCUCGGACCCCCCCCCCCCCCCGCUUCCGAUACAGUUUUAUUCUCCAUCUCUCCCCGACUUCUUGCGCGGCACGGGGAAGCCGCCCCGCGGAGCCCAUUAGAGUGCAUUUGAACUUGUCGUGUUGACGUUAGUCUCAGAUGACUUUGCAGACAGAAUAGAACCGAGCCCGCUUCAAAGACAAAAACGAGCUGGCAGUAAAAGGAAAUGGCGUUGAGAGGAGGUUGCGACGAUCCGCACGUGAGCGGCGAUGAAGAAAAGUGAGCGAUGAGGAGUAAAAUGCAUGCACGGCCUAAUAAGCACUUUAAUGUUCACGCAUAAGAAGGCAGGUUAGAAGGUAUGAUAUGAUUUGACAUGUCAGGGAACAGGAAUUUCACGAUGGAGUGAAUUGAAUUGAAAGGAAGAGCUUUUAAGCAGAAACAUUUUCUUCAGCGAUGGAUUUAACUUUUUCCUGUAUUGAUCAAAAAGCUUUGUUUGUAUUACAUAAUAGUUGUUGCUGCCCUCUGAGCAACCGGACAGUUCGGCAGGGAUUUGGCCCGACUGUGGAACUUACUAAAAGUUCAACCCUCCUUUAGUUCUCGUGCACAAGUGCACAACGGCCCUCCAACAGUGGCUCUGCACCACAUUAAACGUCAAGCGGCCAUUGUCCAUGACCUUUUCACUCCGAGUGUCAAAUCAAGUCAGCGUUCCGCAGGAGCACAGAACGUUGGACUUUUAGGGGGGGUGGGGGGGACAGUAAAUCCUCCUCCCAAAUCUUAAACCAUCACUUGUCAGUUGAUUAAAGAGAACAGAUUAAAAUCUGCUGCCACGACAAAUAAAGCACAUGGUUAAACAUGAUAUUAGUGUUUUAGGUGGGCUUUUUGCGUAUACAAUAUUUUCAAUACUGCAUGUUCCA